UUCAUCCAUUCUAAACCUGCCGUAACCGUAGGAACGUACUGCAAGAGUGACUUCGUAUUAUCGCAACGAGAGUGAAAAACAUCACCAAUCGAAGCCGAAGUGUCCUCAAGUGAACGCAGUAAUCGACGGAUUAGAUUAGCGAAAAAAGUUCUGAUUUGUACAGAUUUCCAACCAGUACUACUGCUCGUUGCGAUCAGUGUCCACAGUCCGGGUUCUGUGCGUGCGUGAACGAUCCGUAGUGUCCCGUUAUUCGCUGCGGUUCCGAUGGCUGAUUGUUGUUUUAUCGAAGGCAAAGCAAAACAGUUUACUUCGACCGAGUAAAUUUAGCACGGUUGCUUGGCCGCAAUUGCGCGGUGUAGUUUAAGCGUUCACAGAUUAGUACAAGAAGAAAAUAAAAUAUGAGUGCCGAGACGGAACUACGUCACCGGACCACCGGCGAUGAAGAUUUAUCCAAAGACUCCAAACGAAAACCAUAUGACGACGGUAAACAACCCGCACAGGAGUCGACGACGGCGGAAAGUUCUGACCAUGUUGAUUCAGAGGAGGAGAAGCUUCCAGAGGAAAAAUAUGUCGAAGAAAUGGCCAAAAGCUUCCCGCAGGGCACAAGCAAAACGCCCGAACUACUUGGACAAGCGUUGAAGGGAUUACCACAGAGAUGGGAGGACUGGGUGAUAAGAGGACUUUUCACAUGUAUAAUGCUAAGUGGAUUCGUUCUCGUCAUCCUGGGUGGUCCACUAGCGUUGAUGGUCACGACGUUGGUCGUACAGGUAAAAUGCUUCGAGGAGAUCAUUUCCAUCGGUUAUUCCGUGUAUCGUAUUCACGGGUUGCCUUGGUUCCGCAGCCUAUCCUGGUACUUCCUGCUAACAUCCAACUAUUUCUUCUAUGGCGAGAAUCUCGUUGACUAUUUUGGCGUAGCCGUCAACCGAGUGGAUUCUCUCCGAUUUCUAGUGAAAUACCAUCGCUUCCUUUCGUUCUGCAUGUACUGCAUCGGAUUCGUGUGGUUUGUCCUGUCGUUGGUCAAAAAGUAUUACAUGAAACAGUUUAGCCUAUUCGCGUGGACUCACGUCGCGCUGCUGAUUGUUGUUACCCAAAGCUACCUGAUCAUCCAGAACAUUUUCGAGGGACUUAUCUGGUUCAUCGUACCGGUAUCUAUGAUCGUCUGCAAUGACGUAAUGGCGUACAUGUUUGGGUUCUUCUUCGGUCGGACACCGUUGAUCAAACUUAGCCCGAAAAAGACCUGGGAGGGUUUCAUAGGAGGUGGCUUCGCCACGGUAGUCUUUGGAUUGUUGUUCUCGUACUUGCUUUGUCAGUAUGAAUACUUCGUUUGUCCGAUCGAUUUCUCGGAAGACAAAGGGCAGAUGAAAGUCGGCUGUGUGCCAAGUUAUCUGUUCCAACGGCAGGAGUACGAGAUUACAAUGUUUGGAACAACGCAUUCAAUUACUAUGUAUCCAUUCAUGCUUCAUUCGUUGUCGCUGAGUAUCUUCAGCUCCGUCAUUGGACCAUUUGGAGGUUUCUUUGCUUCUGGAUUCAAACGGGCAUUCAGAAUCAAGGACUUUGGAGACAUGAUUCCCGGCCACGGUGGCAUAAUGGAUCGCUUCGAUUGUCAAUUCUUGAUGGCAACCUUCGUAAAUGUUUACAUUUCUAGUUUCAUCCGUACUGCAUCUCCCCAGAAACUGCUGAAUAUGGUUUACAGUCUCAAACCGGAACAGCAGCUAGAGUUAUUCAACCAACUGAAGGCAAGUCUCGAAGAGCGAAACGAACUUGUACUAAACUAAUUGCACAGUACCGUAAGUAAUAUAUGCAAACAAACAAACAAACAAUCCGAAACUAUACUGAACUUGCAAUAUUUAAUUAAAUCAAGCAUUGUAAAUGUAAAACUAUGAAAUCAUACUUACAGUAGAAUGAACAAACGAGUAAACGCAGACAUGGCGAAUGGACUAAUAGAUCAGCAGUCCUUCCAUCGAUCGACCGAUUGUCAUAAUCUAUACAUACAAUAUUGCUGGUACAAGUGGUGCAGGAAUCUUUUCGAUUAAAGCAAAAUCAUUUAAUCUAAUACAUCAAAUAUGGUUUAGUGCGAUGGAACAAGAUGAUUGAAAAUUGUUGACAUACUUUAGAUUAUUUACUAUACCAAUGAAUAACUAAUAAUCCAUUAUUUGUAUCAAUGUAUAGAUUGAACGACCUGCUUGUUAACUUAGCUAUCUCUAGUAGGGCUUUAUGAUAAUCUUAACAGUAUAGGAGAAAGCGUCAUCCCAGUCAACAAUUAGUUGUAUUGUCAAUCAUCGUUGAGAGCUAGUGAAUGCGUAGCCUAACCAGAGCGAUACUAGGAAUUGUUGAAAGUUUCUUAUUAUUACAAACGCAGCGUAGGUGCAGAAUAAAUUAAUUAUCGUGACGAAGUUUCUACAUUCCGAAUUUGCUGUUAAUAACUAUUUCCAAGUCCUUCGGGAUGAUAGCAGUCUCGAAUAAUUGGAAAUGAAUUCACAGUUAAUGAGGAAAUUGUUGUGAUUAUUACUAUUAUUAUACUAUUGGUUCUAGUGAAUGACGGUGUAUUUCUUUCGUUUAAAAGCUUUAAAAUUCACAUAGUCUGUGCAAUUGUUAACCCUAUUUUAGUGGUACCCUUUGUGGCGAGAAGAUUGGUUCUUUUCAGUUCACCGGAGUUCAUUAUGAUUUUAUAGUUUAAAAAAAUAUAAACUCUCAGUUAUCAGCUAUUUUUCGUUGCUGGUGUUGUUCAUUUCGUUUCAUAUUACCGAUCAAAGAGUCUACAGAAAAUGAGCUAUAUCAUACCUCUUCCCUUUGUGAUUGUCUAUUGAUGUCGUUAACAUUGAGGUUCAAGUCGUGUUUAUUUCAUUGACCACGCAUAUGCGGGCAGUGAAUACUUUAAGCAUAAUAUCAAACCAGUUGUCACAUUGAUUAGAGAAUACUGUACGUAUCCGAAUCUACAUAAAAUUGAGUCAUGCUUAAGAAAAAAUGCUCCAUUAGAGCUGAUGCCACAUUAGAAUAUACGGGCAAAAAUGUACUGAGCAAAAUCACCAUGAUCAUAAUGAAAGUGAAGCAUUACUAAUGUUGAACACGAGCAUCCAAAUGUGCAAGUUGAUAGUGACAAAACAGUGCAGGAGAAACAUUAUUUAUGAGCUCUUAGAUUAUAGUCCUGAUUCUAAGUAAAAGAAACAGGAACAUAGUAAUACCAUUGAUGUAAUCCGUAGGAAUAGCAUGAUUGAAGAACUAUUUUCUAAAUGAAACGUUUCAGUAAUGUUGGACGAAUGUAGUUCUAUGGUUUAUAGUUUGUACUGGAAGUGAAACGAAAUUGAUAUUUAAUGAACAGAACCCCUUAUGUAAAUGUGUAAA